GAGCGCGCGUGCGCGCCUCGGCUUCCCCGCACACACCGGCCGCCCGGGGCUGCCCGCCAGCCCCUCUUGCCUCUCUGCGCUGUGCGCGCCCUGCUGUUUCUAUAGGAACCAGUACAGCGCCGGGCCCCUCGGGCUGCGGCCCGCGCGCGAGCAUGCCCAGUGCAAGCCGCUAGUUUGGCUCGGGUCUAGGUUUCCAGUAAGUGGCAAGCGGGACUCAGGAGAGAUCCUAGGGAGCAGAACCGAUCGCCUUUGUGUGCAGAGGGAGGAGGCGGCGGCAGCGGCGCGACCCCAGCCGGGGAGCCCCACGGCAGGAACAAUGCUAGCCUGCUUGACCCGCGGGAACUUACUGGACGUCUUGCAGGAGGGCUUCAAUGAGCAGCAGCUCCAGGCCUAUGUGGCCUGGGUGAAUGCCCAGCUGAAGAAGAGGCCAUCCGUGAAGCCUGUGCAGGACCUGCGACAGGAUCUCCGAGACGGAGUGAUCCUGGCCUAUCUCAUCGAGAUUGUUGCAGGAGAAAGACUGAGUGGAAUACAGCUGAGUCCCAGUAACCAACAAGAGAUGAAGAAUAAUGUGGAGAGAGUGCUACAGUUUGUGGCUUCCAAAAGGAUUCGUAUGCAUCAGACUUCAGCUAAAGAUAUUGUAGAAGGAAACCUGAAGUCCAUCAUGAGGCUGGUCCUUGCCUUGGCAGCUCAUUUUAAACCAGGCUCUAGCAGGAUGGUGAGCCAGGGGCAAGACCCCAAAGCCUCUGUGCAGAGCCAUCAACCACACUGUGCUACCGCUGUGGCCCAAGGAGCAGCUGCUGCACUGGCUGAUGUGUGCCAUGACAUGUCGCGGUCAGGACGGGAUGUCUUCCGGUAUAGACAGAGGAACAGCAGCAUGGAUGAGGAGAUUGAAAACCCAUACUGGAGUGUGCGGGCACUUGUACAGCAAUAUGAAGGGCAACAGAGGGCCCCAUCUGAGUCCAGCUGCUCCAGUCUGACUUCACCCAGUCCAAUCCAUAGUGCAAAGAGUGAAUCCAUUAUAACCCAGUCAGAGGAAAAGGCCGAUUUUGUGAUUAUUCCCUCCGAAGGAAUAGAGAACAGAACAGACGAGACAGACUCUCCUUUAUCCCGAGACUGGAGACCUGGGAGCCCCGGCACCUACCUGGAAACCACGUGGGAAGAACAGCUCCUGGAGCAGCAGGAACAUUUAGAAAAAGAAAUGGAGGAGGCGAAGAAAAUGAUUUCAGGACUGCAGGCCUUACUGCUCAAUGGAUCGUUACCUGAAGAUGAACAGGAGAGACCCUUGGCCCUCUGCGAACCGGGAGUCAACCCUGAGGAACAGCUGAUCAUAAUCCGAAGCCGUCUGGAUCAGAGUAUGGAAGAAAAUCAGGACCUUAAGAAAGAGCUGCUGAAAUACAAACAAGAAGCCAGAAACUUACAGGGGAUAAAGGAUGCCUUGCAGCAGAGGUUGACUCAGCAGGACACAUCUGUUCUUCAGCUCAAGCAAGAGCUGCUGAGGGCAAAUAUGGACAAGGAUGAGCUGCACAACCAGAAUGUGGAUCUGCAGAGGAAGUUAGACGAGAGGAACCGGCUCUUAGGAGAAUAUAAAAAAGAGCUGGGACAGAAGGACCGCCUUAUUCAGCAGCAGCAGGCCAAGUUGGAGGAAGCGCUCCGGAAACUCUCAGAUGCCAGUUACCAGCAGGUGGAUCUAGAACGGGAGCUAGAGCAUAAAGAUGUCCUUCUGGCUCACUGCAUGAAAGGAGAGGCAGACGAGGUGACAAAUUACAACAGUCACAGCUCUCAACGCAAUGGCUUUGUCCUUCCAAUGGCUGGGAGAGGUGCCGCUACUGUCACCCACAGAGGGCCACAGACCAGUGACCUCCAGCUGGUCCGAGAUGCUCUGCGCAGCCUGCGCAACAGCUUCAGUGGCCACGAUCCUCAGCACCACACCAUUGACAGCUUGGAGCAGGGCAUCUCCAGCCUCAUGGAGCGUCUGCGUGCCAUGGAGACACAGAAGAAGCAGGAAAGGAAGGUUCGGGGGAGGUCACCCAAAACUCAAGCAAGUAGUGAAUACCGGGCAUCCUGGCCCCCUAAUUCAACAUUGCCUCACUCCCAGAGUUCUCCAGCCGUCAGCAGCACCUGCACCAAAGUGCUCUAUUUCACGGACCGGUCACUCACGCCCUUCAUGGUCAAUAUACCAAAGAGGUUAGGGGAGGUGACACUGAAGGAUUUUAAAGCGGCUAUUGAUCGAGAAGGGAAUCACCGGUAUCACUUCAAAGCCCUAGAUCCUGAGUUUGGCACUGUCAAAGAGGAGGUUUUCCAUGAUGAUGACGCCAUCCCUGGAUGGGAAGGGAAAAUUGUAGCCUGGGUGGAAGAGGACCAUAGAGAGAAUUAACUGGACACUGGACACUCCCUGGCUACUUCUCUCAGGAAAGAGGACUUAACACCAGAGUAUGCUGAGAAGUCUCUGACUCAUGCUGCCAAAAAGAAGCUUCUUCAAGUGUGAUGGUCAUGGGCCAGUCCUGUGUGUGUGUGUGCCUGGCAUAUCUGGUACUUCAAGUCUGUGCCCAAAACAUGGUCCAUGGGUUCAUCUGGAGCUCCUUGUCCUGGGAACAGUGUUUUACUCUACUCUGAGGACACCAAACCAAAGGCCUUAAACACCAGGAAAGGAUGUUCCCUCUCCUGUAGGGACAUGGCUGCUAUGAUCUGGAACCUGGAAGUGGAUGCAUCACUCCUUCGUGUUUCAGUGUUUGUUUAAUUGGCCUCAGUGGUUGCAGCAAUCAGAGUCCCAGCAUUUGUAUUUACAGACAAGGCAAAGGUACCAACUUUUCUGCGUCUUUGCAGACACUGCAAACCAGGAGGAACUUGUGAGGUGGUGCCAAAGAUGAAAGCCCACUUGCAUAUAUUGACCUGGACAUGGGUGAUGCUGACUUGUUGAUUGGGUGGUGAAAGGAUUGCCCAUAUUAUGCUAUACUAUGCCAAAACUGUAAUUAAGGCCUUGGGCUGCCUCUUCUGUUUUUAGUUGGUUCAGCAGCUUGUCCUGAGCCCACUGAAGGUGUUUUCAUGUACUGCUGGUUUUCUCUGGGGACUCUUUAACUUUAGAGCCAUUUAUUUUUCUUCUAGCAGAUAAACUUUGUGUUUGAAAAUAAGAAGAAAGAGGCUCCUUAAAAAUCCAGGAGGAUACGGAAAGGUGCUGCUACCCGUAUCUCUCUGACUGGAACUCAUGGCAUCAUCUUCACAUUUACAAGGACAGACCAUUAAUUUGUGUUUGUGCUUUGAGUAUUAGCAUGACUUACUGGUCUGCUUCUCAUUUCAAGACUGGAGUUAUUUUCUAUUAUAUAAUUUAGCCCGGGCUGUUCCCUUAGGACAUAGUGGAACCCAUGGGGCAUGGAGCAUGAGUUGUGAAUGGCAGGGUUGAUUCAAGGCGAAGAGUCAUUUCUCAUUGCAACAUUGUCAAGUGUAGAGGCGAAAGAGUUCAACUUCUAGAGGUUACUCAGUAACUUGGGUUUUCUCACUCACCUAGCACCAUCUACCAGUCAGCCAUGAUUAUCUAUUUAUACAGUCCUUCAAAGCAGUCUGGAACCACACUGUACACUGCCAAACAGAAGAGACGAGCAGAUGGGUCAGUUCUGGGAUCCGCCUGUCUCUGUGUCCUGUUUUCAGCCAUUUGAACAGACAACCCUUUGGAACGCCGAGAUAACAUCUUAUUGUUUUAUAUAGACAUGUCUUUUAAAAAUAGUUCAUGUUUGAGAAUUGUUUUGUACUUGGUUGCUUUUUGUCUGAGAACCAUGUCUAUUUUUAUAACUUAAGAGUGAUUUCUGUGUAAUCUCACAUUCCCUAUUCUCUAUCCAUUUUCUAGAGCUCCGAAUAGCUUUUCUACGUCUCUUCUUACCACCUCUUGUGGUUUCAGAAUACACCUUAUUUUGUUAUGAGUGUACUAAUGGUGGUUAGUUCCUGUCCAAUUCUCUGUGCUUUUAGUGCUGGAGGCUUUUUUUCUUUUUAAAUCUAGUUGAUUGCUCUUCAAAAAGACAUGAGAUCAAAAAGACCUGAUGUCUUCCAUGCACACUACUCUGGUCUUCGAUUGAAGAACAAUUUUCAUCAGCUGUAACUAGGAAAGUUCAGGAAAGUCAGCCAUAAGCAAGAACAACUCAUUGUGAAAGCCAAAAGAAGAAAACAGUAUUAUUUCCGUUUUCUCUCAAGACGACUGGAGGGAUAAAAAGUUCGUAUAUCACAGGUUUCUCUGUUGCAUGAAUUUUAAUGUUUUGCUAUUUGACAGCAUGAAGGUGAUCAGGCAAAACUCCAUUACUGUAGUCC